CUGUUUUCCCAGGGAUGCUGCUGCGGACCGGAGCCUCUUCAUCUCCGCCCGGGCUGGACGCGUCCCUCCUCCCCCGGGCUCGCUGCUCUCUCAGCGGAUCACCUGCGGACUGUGAACGGAUCCGGAGCCCAGAUGUCAUGAAGCUCCAUCUUCUACACGAGGCACGAUAUUCAACGUUCUGAUUUCAGACCGACUGGAGAGAAAUGUGAAAACCCCUUCCUGCCUCCUGCUGCUGUGCCGCCACGACCUCUUGAUGGGAUGUCAGGGUGGACUGCUUCAUAACUGAUGCCAGGAAUGAUUGCUCUCUUUUUUUAAAGUGCUCUCGAGGGCACUUAAGAACUCAGAAGUGUUUCCAAAAAUGUGCGAUCGUGGAGAGCCCUUCAGCGGGGGGGAGCGGAGGAACAACAACCAGCGGGGGGGCGUGCUGGGCGAUGGUGAUGCCAACGCUAAUGACAUCCGGGCAGAGGAGGGCGGGACUCAGUCAGGGCCGGUGAGUGGAACGGCACGGCGAGGCCAAGUCGUCAUCCUGGGCAAGGACGCCCAGUGUGAAGACCCCGAGCUGGCUGAGUUCGAGAGGCUGGAGGGUCAGGAGCUGGAGACCUACCAGGUUGAGGACGGAGAGGACUUCGUGGGGCUUGCGGAGCGGAAGACGCCUCCGGGGAAUUCGUCAGUAGCAGCGGAUAAUAAGGGCAAGGAAGAGAGGAAGGCCUUCCUGCGUUCUGCCAGCGAGCAGGAGUCCACUGCUUCUCAUGUGUCCGAGAGCAGAGAGGCCUCCAGGACUGAGCUGAGCUCUGACACUGACGUCUUUGUGUCCUGUCAGUCCAACAUGUCCAGCACUGCCACCGCCGGCAGGUCCCAUACGACCGACUCGUGGCACCUUGCCGCCGCCGGUCCUUACUCGACCACCUCGGAGGACCUGACUUCCCAGGCCUGCAUCACUGUCUCCGAGCCAGGCAGGGCCGACCCCCCCUCCCGCUCCUCCAGUAAAAGCACAACACACCAGAGAGACGUGGACAUUAAUCUGAAUUCAGCGCUUCACUCGGAGGACGUUGCUUUGAAGGCACAAGUGAGAAAUGGAGGCGUUGCGUGCGGGGACGCCAUCGAUGAGCACAGGAGGAACAAUAACCAGAGAGAUACAACAGAGGACGAUUGUGAUCAAGGGAGAAAUAAGCACAAGGCUUUGCCAACUACAAAAAACACACAUGAAGAACACAACAGGAAAAUGGAUAAAAGCACACAAGCCGACGAGGCCCCUGAUGCGAGCCCCUCCCAGGCUGCAAAGGAGAAUCUGUCAUCAAGUCCUUCCAAAGCCCUGAAGAAACAAGGAUCGUUUGAUAACUCCAUGAGGAAACAGAACUCUUUCGACAGGAGUUUUAAAAAGCAGCCGUCAUUUGAGAACACGUUAAAGAAGCAGGGCUCGUUCGAGCACAGCAUCCCCUCCAGCUCCGCCAGUCUGGAGCGGAGGAAGCCAUGGGGAAGCCCCAGUCGAUCGGCAACGCCACCGCCCCCGAAGGUCAUCACCAGUUCGCCCAAGAGACGACCGCCUGUCUCUCCAGCCAAGGUCCCGGGCAUCAGGCCGCUGAGCUCGGAGCGCAGCGACUCCCCACAGAGAGGGUUCGGUCACACGGUCAAGCCGCCAGGAAAGAUGAGCAGUGGCAUCCCCAAACCGGUCGUCCCUCCUCAGCACAAAGAAGCCGAACCCAGGAGGUCUUCUUCUCCCCAGAAAACUAAAAACGUGCGACCGAAAAUCAUCACCUAUGUUCGGGCGAACCCUCAAACCAAACCCCAGGUCACAGAGGCCCCAAAUGAAGCUUCUGCACCCCCACUGAGAUCCUCCUUCUCCAGUCCACCGGCUCAUAAAGCUCAGAAGGUUACACCUCAACCUAAAUCCACACCGGUGCUGUGUUCCUCCAACCUGCUGUUUGACAAGUACCGGCAGGAGAUGCAGAAGGCGGGGCUUUAUCCUCCGGGCGUGGCCCUGACUGGGGCGAGCGGCACCAACCCCCCGAGGCUGAGCAGGAAGUCGGGCAGCUUUCACGAGGAAGAGAAAUAUCUCCAAGAGCAGGUUUCUCACGAGGGCGGCGUUGUGUACCGGUCCCCCAGAGCCCUGAAACCUCAGCUGGGGUUAGGGGCGGUCAGCAGGCAGCCUGCAGCCAAGACAAGAGCUCAGCAGACAGGUCAGAGGUCAGCACCCCCCCAGGACUCUGCAGGAGAUCACAAGAGCACAGAUCCAGCCCCUAAGAGUGUCCCUCUCAAACCGGGACAGUCUGGUCUCCGUCCUCCGGGCUUCUCCGCCCUGCCACCUGCCCGUCUGGCCUCCUUCGGCUUCGUCCGCAGCUCCAGUGUCUCGUCUGCCUCCAGCAACCAGUCCAACGACAGCGAUCCCAGUCGACCCUCCCAGCAUCCAAGCAGUGGCAGCGAUGAAACACAGUCACACAAACAACCCCCCGGUGAAACUCCACAUGGUCCGAGCCGAGCGCAUCCUCCCAACGCCCCCAGCCUCCAGCGCCGCUCCCUGCCCCCCCAGCGCUCCUCACCGAUGGCCUCUAGGAGAGAGAUGUCGAAGGACACGGACGCUGUGAUGCCACCGAAGUCGUCCCCUAAAAGACUUGCAGUGGUUUCACCCAAACCUCAGUCCCCUGCUCGUGGGCCGACGGCAGCGGUUCAUGGUUCGGUCCGGACCGACCGGGCCCAGGAGCUGGACCGGGCUCUGAUCCAGCAGCUGCGGGAGCGCUGCGAGCAGCAGGCGCUGCAGCUGCUGAGCCUCCAGGCCCAGUUGAAGAAGGCCUCCCUGUGCCUGGACGUGUUCAGCAUCACUACCCAGCACUUCUGUCAAAAGAGUGAACGUGCCAUUGUGAAAGAGAGGGAACUGUCCCAGGAGCUCGCCAGAAUCAGGGAUGAAGUGGCUUUCAGUGUCGCACACUGGGAGCAACUGCAGCGGGAGAAGGAGGAACUGGAGCGUCGCUUCGAGGCGGAGCUGCAGGGAUUGCGGGCUCAGCAGCAGAGGGAGCUGGGAGCGCUGGAGGAGCGGCUGAAGGCGAAGCACUUGGCCGAGGCCCGGAGCCUGAAGGCCCUACAGCGGGAUGAGCUUGACGACCUACGGAUCCAACAGCACGAGCAGAUUGAGGAGAUGAGUGAGAACCACGAGGCGUCCCUGGUGGAGAUGGAGACGGCUCACAACGACACGCUGACCACUCUGCAGGAGGAGCAUGCCAGGACCGUGAAGAAUCUGAAGAUGGCCCAUGAACAGCAGAGGAAGUCCCUGGAUGAAGACUUUCAGAAGAUCAGACUGUCGCUGCAGGAUCAGGUGGACACGCUGACGUUUCAGAAUCGCAGCCUCAGGGACCGAGCCAAGCGCUUUGAGGAAGCUCUCCGCAAGAGCACCGAUGAGCAGAUACUGGAUGCUUUGGCUCCUUACAAACACAUUGAGGAGGACCUGAAGAGUCUCAAAGACGUUCUGGAGAUGAAGAAUCAACAAAUUCAUCAGCAGGACCUGAAGAUUACAGAGCUGGAGAUAAUAGCUGAAAAGAAUGUGUACCUGGAGGAGAGACUGCAGGUGUUGCAGCAGCAGAACGAAGACCUGAAGGAGCGAAUAGACAAGACCCUGGUUGUGUCCAGACAACUCUCUCAGGAUAACGCCAACCUGCAGGUGAACGUGGAGAAGGAGAGCAACGAGAAGAAGCGGCUGAGUCGUAACAACGAGGAGCUGCUGUGGCGUCUCCAGACGGGAGACCUGAGCCCUCGCAUGUCCCCCAGCUCCUCCCCCAUCCACCGACCCUCCCCUGGACCGGGCUCCGCUGCCCGCCCACACUCAUACCAUCAAUGACACUCUACAAACUCUUUGCUGAAUGUUCCUCUGGGCAAAGGAAAGGGCCUCGCACCCUCGUGAUACAUUUCCACAGACAAACCCCAGGAAUUUUAACUUUUGAACUUAAUAAUUGUAUCAAAGCUCGAGCCUCUUGCCUCCUCUUUUUCUAUUCCACACAAAUCUCCCACGAAGCAGAACGCGCUGCGAUACUGCGGCGGAUGAAAGACCGGAUCAUUGCAGAGGUCAGAGAGCAGGAACAGACUCACAGUGCCUCAUUUCCAUGUGUUCGCCUUCAUCUGCAAUCUCCACCUUCUCCUCCAGCGCUCAGGAUGAUGGAUGUACGGCACAAAGCAAACAUCCAAAUCGCAGAACAGUGAACACAAGAAGCGCCUUUCCUGUCCAGUCUCUUUCCACCAGCAGCGGCACAGGCAACACUUUGAGAGGAAAUCACAAAACUAAGUGUGGAUUCCUCUGUGGGACAUGACAAAGCUUUCAUGUAUCAGGAUUGUAUGACUCUCAAGCCAUCCAGCCUCAAACGUCUGUCCCAUGUUUUCCUUAAACGACCAGAUAUGUACGACAACAUAACAACUCAUCAUCGUUCAUUGAUCUGCCAAAAUAUUUUAGCUAUGUUAUUGAUUAUAAUUUAUUUAAAUAGUGUACAUGUGUUGGUCUCUUUUAAAGCAUGUUCUGUCUUCCGGUUAUGAUGAAGUUUAAUUUUGGAUCACUGACAGUGUGAAAUGGAGCAGAAGAGUGAAACGGGUGAAACAAGUGACCUCUUGUGACCUUGAGCAGGAUUAAAUCAAACGAAACCAAGGCCCGACAGUCGCCUCAGAUCGGAUCUCACUUCCCCGCCCUUUAUGCAAUUAGACACGUACACUCGAAAAGAUGUAAUGCAAUGACAGGAAGCAGCGAGGAGAAGAUAAGGAAAUCAAGAUAACACAACUGAAAAUAUGGAAAAAGAAAUCCUUACCCUAACCCUAACCCUUAUCUGUAUCCAAGCCAAAAUCGUAUAACUUCUUUCCGGGCCCAUGUCUCCUCCUUCCACCAAGUUUUGUAGAAAUCUGUUCUUUAGUUUUUCUGUAAUCUUGCUAAGAAAACAAACAAAUAAAUCGACAGGGGUGAAAACAAAAGUGCAGGAUAAGAAAUCGCCAAAGACGGAAUCACUCAUAGUCGUCCAUCAGGUGUAACGACUUCAGAUUCAUCCUUGUAGGGUGCGGACAUUCUUAUCAAAAAGUAUUUACCUGAACACGUGUGAUUCCCAGAUCUGUUCAUCGUGCUGCAUUGAUUCACUUUCAGAUACGUUCUCUUGUUCUUUCUUUAAAUGGUCCUUUCACUCAUGUUUCAGAAAAACCUUGAGGACAAAUAUGAUGUGAAAAACAUCAGAGCCCGACUGAUGUGGAUGUUUGGGUCCAAUAUCGAUAUUAAAGAGUAAACAGUUUCCAUUAUGAUCUAUUAGUAUAUAUUUAUAUAUUUUAAAAGAAAAAUUGGCAAUGACUCCUAUGAGGUUGUUUAUCAAACUCUCAUGAAAAACUAAAUGCAAGUGAAGCUUGACCUUUUGACAACUUGUCCAAAAUUUUUAUUAUAAAUAAGUAAAAACAAAACACAAAUACAACCAAAUAUAUUGAACUAGAAAAAAAAGAUUGACCAAAACAAAUAUAUUGAUGUGAAAUAUAAUUUUGUAUAAUAAAGUUUUUUAUUUCAACAAACACAACAACUUUUAACAACCAUCCGAUUAGAUCAGUCGGGCUCUGACGUGUUUCUUCUCUUGGUUUUCUGCAAUUUACUUUCGAGGGGCGUAAACAUAUCCUUAAGUAAUUUGCUGCAAGCUGUUACCUCAUUUCUCAUUGUAGAGAAUCUCAGGUGUUGAGAAAUAUGAAUCAUCAAAAGGGAAACAACUGCCAUAACUUUCAUUUGUUUUACAGUAAUUGGACUAUUUUAGUUUUUACUGUUUUUCCUUAAUGCUCAUGUUUACAUAACCACACAGUUCACUUUCUGUUUAGCAGAAUGUGGAAGAAUAUAUAUAACAGUGAAGUCAGCAAAUAUAAAAGUACUUCGAAGAAACAUUGCUGUAAAUGAUAAUAACUUGAUUUAAUAAUCAGAUCCCCGUGCAUAAUAUAAAAUAGGAAAAUCUGCUCUGAUAAGACUUGGGCUGUAGGUGAGUUGUCGGGUUCCUCUGUGUCACCGCUCGCCUCUGUGUCCCGUGGACAUGACGUUGUGCUAAUUUACUGAAUGUUUGUUCUGCACUUAAACGAGAGGUUUUGUUUACAGUUUACAUCCCGUGUACUGUACGUGGGGAUGUCGGUACUUCUGUUGAUUGUUUACAGGACUUCUGUUGUAAAGAUUGUAUUCAGUAUUUCCAAAACGCUCUGAAUGAGUUUUUAAGAAAGCAUGUCUUUAUAAGGUUGUUGUGUAUUUCAUCUGAUUUUGUUUUUUUUGGUACAUUUCUUGUGCAUUUCAUAUAUUUAUUUAUUUAUUUAUGUGUUCGUCCUCCUCCAGAACUGCACCUGUAGCUUAGCUGGUGAAAAUAUUGUUGUCAGUGAUGAGAGACUUACAUCUACACUGUAUAUGUUGCACUUUGUAUUUAAGUAUUAAACCACAAUAUGAAAAA